GUCGCUCCGUUCAGACGUGGUCGCGCUUCAAACUCGAUGCAUAAAACGGCUAUCCGCGAGAUACUUUAUAUACCAUACUACAGAUCCCAGAGCAGCAACAACAAGAAGUCGCAAGAUCAAGUUUCGGACCCUAGCGUCAUCCGUUUUGCGGUUUUCGAGUGUGUGUGUGAUUUUUGCGUGCGUUGGCCAAAACCGAAAAAAUCUGUUAAUAGUUCACCUGAAAUGUCCAAGAACGCGAGCAGAGCAGAGUGUGAAAGAGAAAAAUAAGAACGAAAACCAAAACUGUGUCGUUCUACAUGUGCUAAAUACUCGCAGUAAACACCAUCGAAAACUUGGACCUAACGGAUACGGAUACCUAACGGCAAUGAAAAUUAGCAACGGCAACAUGUUGCCGCUGCUGUUGCUAUCUUUUCUGAGCCUGACGGCCGGCCAGCUGGUAAACCAUCCGCCGCAGUUCGUCCCAGGAACGGGUGAUAUGUCCCGAUUCAGCCUCUCGGAAAACACGCCCGUCGGCAGUCCCGUCUUUCAGCUGAAAGGCACGGAUCCGGAAGGAGGUCGCUUGAAGUACAGCAUCAGUGGACCCGUUUUCUCCGUUGACCGGGAGACGGGAGUGGUGCGCCUGCGCCAGGAGCUCGAUCGGGAGACCCAGGACACCGUGGAAGUGAUCAUUAGCAUCACGGACGAAGGUGUCUACGGCACCGAGCCCAAUACGGUCUCGCAAAGGCGGGAGAUUCCUGUGCGGGACUACAAUGACAACCAGCCGAUUUUCCUGGGCAGGCCCUAUACCGCCAGUGUUAGUGAAUCCCUGCCUGUGGGUGCGGAGCUGGUCGUGGAACCGCCCAUUGUGGUCAUCGAUCGGGAUGAGGGCGUCAAUGCAGAGAUCCAGAUGAAGUGCGUCGAGGAAAAUGACAUUUGCGACAUCUUUGAAGUUCGUGCAGUAAAAAUCUCGGAUGGAAACUACACCGCUCGAGUGGCUCUGAAGCAACCACUGGAUUUCGAGAGUCGCCCCUCGUACAUCCUGACCAUCUCGGCCUCGGACAGUGCUUUGGAUAACCGACUCUCCUCGCUGGCCACCAUUUCGAUCAAUGUGAUCGAUAUUCAAGAUCAGCCUCCUGUUUUUACCAAUGCCCCUUACUCCGCCACAGUUCCUGAAAACACACCAGCUGGAGUGAGCAUACUCACGGUCAAGGCCAUCGAUGGGGACGUGGGCAUACCCAGGGAUAUUUUCCUGUCCCUGGAGGAUGAACCUUUUGGACACUUUGAGCUGGUUCCCUUUGGUGAUCCCCGGGACGGAACUGCCGUGCUGCAGACCACCUCAGAGCCACUGGAUCGUGAGAACGCUGAGAUCCUGCAAAACGGCGGGGUAUAUGUAUUCUCUAUCAGAGCCACCGAGCUGAUCGAUGGAGCUAUUCCUGCCGAGCACUCACUCACUAGAGUGACCAUUGUCGUCACCGAUGUGGACGAUCACCAGCCCACUUUUAGUGGACCUCACUUCAAUGUCUCCAUAACGGAGAACCUGGCCAAUGGAAUGCCCCUGCCGGGACUCUCGAUCUUCGUGGAUGAUCGCGACAUGGGCGAGAACAGUCGCUAUCAGCUUUCUCUGAGGGAUGUGUCCAAUGCCGCCGGGGUUUUUUCAGUAUCACCCACUGAAGCUCAGGGACGGACACCUGUGGUUGUCAAGGUUCUCAAUGCCAGUCGCUUGGACUACGAUGUGGCCGAUCCUGACCUGCGAAAGUUCGAGUUCGAUCUGGUGGCUUCGGUGAAAAGCGUGGAGAAAGCCAAGUCCCGCGUUGAGAUUCAUUUGCUGGAUGCCAAUGACAAUGCACCAGUGUUUGACCAAGCCACCUAUCGAUUUACCGCAGCCGAGAAUCUGCCAGUAGAUGCCUUGAUAGGUCAUGUCAAGGCCACCGAUGCGGAUUCCGGAGAAUAUGGACAUGUGCGCUACGUGCUUAAGGGUUUUGGAGCGGACAACUUCUAUGUAGAUCCCGAGACCGGUGGUCUUUACUUGCUGAAGCCCCUGGACUACGAAAAGCAGAGCAGUUACAGCCUCACUGUGGUAGCCAUUGAUGGAGGUCAGCGCGAGGCCAAUGCCAAUCUCUUCAUCGGGGUCACCGAUGUGAACGACAACCAUCCGAGCUUUGAGAGCCGGGAAUACAGUAGAACCAUUCGAGAGGGUGCAGCCGUCUUUGAACCCCAGUUCUUUGUUCGUGCCCACGAUGCAGAUGGUCCAACUCAAGGAAAUGGUAGGGUUGAGUACUCCAUUGUGUCCGAGAACAGCAUUGCUGGAAAUGUAUUCCGGAUUGAACCGGAUACCGGAGAGAUUGUCAUCCAAAAGGCGGCAAGAUCGAUGGACACGGAACGUGGCGAGUACGAACUGGUGGUUUCAGCCACAGAUUUCGGUAUUCCUCCCUUGUCUAAUACCACUCGUGUCUUGGUACGCGUUGGCAUUUCUGGCAAUCAGCGGCCCAUCUUCCGUGGUCACUUCCAAAACAUGGAGAACCUGCCCAUCAUAGGUCCCCCCAGCUAUAGAGUCUCCAUCCCCGAGAAUGCCGUCGCAGGAUCGAAUGUCACUUCUGUCUCCGCCCACGAUCCCGAUGGCUUGGAUAGUCUGCUGCGGUACAGAAUUGUGGGAGCCAACGAUAACUUUGAGAUUGAUGAAAUUUCCGGUUUGAUUACAGUGUCUCCACAAGCCCGCAUUGAUCGCGAUUCGAACAUGAAUAGCUUCGAGAUAAUAGUGAAUGCAGUGGACUCGGGUACUCCCAUUCCGGAAACAGCCACCACCACGGUAUACGUGAAUGUCAAGGAUAUCAACGAUGAACGUCCCAAGUUCGAACAGAAUAGCUAUGCGGCCUAUGUUUCCGAGAGAACAGCCGUGGGCGAGAGUGUCCUUCGGGUCAAGGCCAUCGACAAGGACCUCAAUUCGAAGUUGGAGUACGGUUUGGUGGGUCCCGUCACUGCCACCACAAAGGCAGGUGUGAACAUAGCCAAUCGCAGCAAUUACCGCCUGCAGGAGGCUUUCCGAGUGGACAGUCAAACCGGGGAGAUCUUCGUCAAUGGUUCACUGCGUCACGAUGUGGCCGCCAUCAUUAUUUUCACCGUGGGAGUGCGAGAUCUCAACGCGGAGGUGGAUCCCGAGGGUCAGGUGGACAGCACCGAGGUUACCGUCUAUGUGCAGUCCUUCCAGGACACCAAUCCUGUGUUCAAGAACCCGGGCUGGAGUAGCUCAAGGCCCGUUAUUGAUGUGAAGAUCAAGGAGGAAAUGCCCAUCGAUAGUGCGCUGUUUAUUCUUCAGGCCGAGGAUCCAGUGACCCAUCAGCCCAUCACCAGUUUCGAGUUGGUGGAACCCAAGCAAGUGGACUACUUCCAGGUGGCAGAGCGAACCGGUGAGGUGAUCCUCAAGAAGCGGCUGGACUACGAAGCUUUGGGUGAAACUGGUCCUGAGUUUGAACUCCAGGUCCGUGCCAAUAGCGCCGAUCGACAAAGGAGCACUGUCAGUCGCGUGAAUAUCACCGUGGAGAAUGUGAACGACAACAGUCCGCGCUUCGAGCAGAGUUCCUAUCGAGCCACGAUCAUCGAGAACCGACCUCAUCCCGAGCGAGUGAUCCGGGUGCGGGCCUUGGACAAGGAUGCGGUUCUUAAUGCUCGGGAUGAGCGUUUGGGCUACCACAAGAUCAUCUACUCUCUCCAGGGCGAGCAUGCCAUGCUUUUCGAGAUUAAUAACACCACAGGAGAGAUAAUAGUGGCCAGCGGGCAGACAAUCGAUAGGGAGCGAACCCCAAGGAUCCAGCUGCAAAUCAAGGCGGAGGACUCACCCGGCCGUCCCACGGAUGCCAAGCAGAGUGUGGUUGAGCUGCAGAUCGAGGUACUCGACGUGAACGACAAUGCUCCGGAGUUUACCCAAAAGAAGUACAGCACUGUGAUUCCCGAAAACGCUCAGAUUGAUUCAUUUGUGCUUCAGUUGGAAGCUGUGGAUGCGGAUGAGGGUCUGGGUGGAGAGGUGCACUACGAGCUGGUCAACGAGGGAGAGGCCAAUGGACUCUUCAAGGUCGAUCCAAAGAGUGGCCUGAUAUCCACCCGGCGCAAUCUUACGGGUAAAGGUAGGGCUGAUCCCUAUGUACUGAUUGUUCGAGCCCAGGACAAUGGAAACCAGCUGCCCAAGCAGCCCACCCUAUCCACCGACACAGAUGUCAGGAUAUUCAUAGGGGAUGUGAGCGCCAAUGAUGGAGUGCCCUAUUUUGUGGCUCCCCGGGUUGGGCAAAUGGCCAAUGUCACAGAGAAUGCUGUUAUUGGAGCUCCAGUAUUCCAAGUUAUUGCCAGCGAUCCGGAUGAUGAAAACACUCCCUCUGGAACUAUAACCUACCGCAUCUUGCCAGAUACUCCUGAUGCAGAGGCCUUCGUAAUAGAUACCCACACGGGACUUAUAACAACGAGACAACCUCUAGAUCGAGAGAUGAAGAACAUGUACAGGAUCCUGCUGGAAGUGAGUGACAAUGGACAGCCCAAGCAGUCGGUGACCCGAAUUCUUCAGAUUGCAGUCCUGGAUGUGGAUGAUCACGAGCCACGUUUUGCCAGAGAAGUGGACGAAGGACCCUUGAGCAUGUCAGUGAGAGAGGAGGAACCGGCUGGUACCAUUGUGGGCAACUUCAGCGCCUUGGACGAGGAUCUGGGCGAGAAUGCAGCCAUUGAUUACGUGAUCAUUGAUGGAAACAACGAGCAGUUGUUUACGAUAGAACGGAAUAACGAGAGCCUGGCCAUUCUCAAGACCCAAAAGCCCAUCGAUCGAGAGCAGGUCGAGUCCUUUACCCUGACGGUGAAGUGCAUUAAACUAGGUGAACCCGGCUACAAGUUCGUUGGGGAUUUCUAUGAUCGCCAGGAUCCCUCACACAUAAGGAUCACCAUCCGUGUGUUGGACAUUGACGACAAUCUGCCGCAGUUCGAGCAAUCAGAUCCCACUGUGGGUAUCAGGAUCAAUGUACCCAUCGACACGGUGGUGACCACUUUGAAGGCCAGUGAUGCGGAUGCCGAGGCUCCACCCGUGGGUCUUUCCAUUGAGAAUGUGACCUUUGUGCCUCAGUUCUAUAAGAGGAGUCGCAACCUGGCCGUGGGCAAUCUGCAGAAUCUUUUCACCCUGAACAAUCGAUCUGGAGAGCUGCGAACAGGAGGUUCCUUUGCGGACUACGUAGAUGGUUACUUCCUGUUGAAGGUGGUGGCCAAUAAUUCCGCGGAACCCAAGCGUCAGGCCCACAGUAACCUCAAGGUGUUUGUGAUUCGAGACAAAUCCCUGCUGAAGUUCGUCUUUGCCCGGCCGCCCAACGAGAUCCAGCACAACAUACAACCCUUCCAAGAGCAGCUGAAGAAGAAACUGAAGCCCCUGGGACUGGAGCUGCAUGUCCUGGACACCCAGGUGUUCACCAGGCCCGACAUGAGCCUGGACUUUACCGCCACCUCAUCCUGCUUCCAGAUGUUCAAGAACGGAGCUGCCCUGUCCUUCAAUGAGAUGCACAAGCUGAUGAAUUCGCAGCAAUUGCGACAGGAACUGAUAGAUAUAUAUGCGGCUUAUGGGGUCAGUGAGGUGGAGUCCUGUUCGGUGAGAAGGACUCAUGCAGCGGCCCUCUUUGCGGGAAUGCUCACCUCGGCGGGGGCGUGGCUGGUCUUCCUGGCUGCCCUCAUUGGCCUGGCCGCCUUGGUGUCCCUGUGCACCGCCUGCUGUUUGAAGAAGAAGCUUAAGCGCCACAGCAAGCGGAGUCUGCAGGCCAGUCUGCGGACUCCCACGGAGCACACACCCACCUCGUACAGCUACUCCAUGCCGGCCGUGCUCUACUCCGAACCCAUCUACGGGCCCUUGUAGCCGCAGCUCAUCUUCUGCACGGGAGGGUCCAGGUUCAACCACUGACCACCAACCACCAACCUAGUAGACUAGUGCCCAAGACUCAAGACCCCUUUGCACCAGCGGAGAUCCUCCUGGAACCACAAUGGAUCUCCGCUUGGCAACUGCGAACCGGGACUUUUUUCUAGCAGAGAUUGGUAGACGGUAGAAUGCCAAAUCAGUCCAUAUACCAUAAGCUUAAGCAUACUAUGCGCGUGAUCUAGUAUGUACGUGUAGCACCAUUUAGCAUAGUUUAUUGUUAGUAUAUAUAUUAUAUGUAGUUUGUAUAGGGCGUAGCGAUUUUCCAAUUGAGAGGUUAGCCUAAGUCGAGUCAGUUCUUUGUGUCAUUUUUGCUGAAGUGCUGGUUUUCCCGGGCCGAUUUUGCGGGUUUUUGUUCGUACUUUGGCAGGUCUGGAAUGCAUUUAUUUUCAUAUAAUUAUCUUAUCGUCUAUUUGUCCAUAAACAUGUCGAACAAGUGCAGAAUAAAUAUCGCCCAAAUCCAGCUCCACUGGAGUCCAAUCCUCGACCAGGAGUCAAAGUCAGGCCAUGUGCGUGUCGACCGAAAAUGAGUUUCCCGUUUUCAAACAGAAUGCAUAUGUUUUCGCUAUUAAGUAAAUAUAUUUAUGUACGACUAAGUAGUUUGUCCAAUGUGAACAUGUGUGCAAAUAAAUUCUAUUAACUACAGAAAUGUGAAAAACAAAAA